UCUUCCCAAGAUCCAACAAAGCAACCAACAAAAAGUUCAAAAUGUUCAAAUACUUCGCCCUCGUUUGUGUGUUCGCCGCUGCUGCCGUCAGCGCUGGUUUGAUUGAGACCCAUCAUGUUGUGCAUGAGCCCGUAUUGGCCAAAGUUGGUUCGGUAGUGCACAGUGCGCCCUCUGCCGUAUCACAUCAGAGCAUCACUCAGGUCCAUAGCAAAUCUGUGGUGGAACCAGUUCUUGCCCACGCUGUCAAGACCACCAUCCACUCUGCACCCGUUGUGCCUGUAGUGCAUGCCGCUCCGGUUGUUCACUCUGCUCCCCUUGUACACAGUGUUCCAGUGGUGCACUCCGUGCCUGUCGUACAUGCCGCUCCAGUUCUACACAAGACCAUUGUAUCUGCUCCAUUGGCUUACUCCUUACAUCAUCAUUAGGAGCAUUGAGUUUGUGGUUUGAGGACUUUAACUGUUAUA